GUUUCUGUCUUCCGGGUUUGAGAGUUUAGGAACCUGGGUUGGUGGGGUCAGAGAGGUGGGGGCUCCUUUCUCCCGGAUUGCUGGGGGUGCAGGCGCCUUGGGUGUAGCCCCCAGAACAGGUUUCUGAUCCGUAACGUGGCUGUGAUCAUUGUGAUGGAGCAAGAAAAAGAACUGUUGGUCUCAGACUAUAACAGCUUCAUGAAGAGGGAGAAUUUGAAAAGCCCCUUCACAGGAGAUGAAGGUAUGAAUAAUUUGGAAACUGUUCACCACAACAAUCCUAAGGCAGAUCAUCUUAAAGAGAAACCUUCAGAAUGGUGUAAAAGACAUGGACCACAACAUUAUGAGCAUGAGGAUGCAAAAGAAAUGCCAUUGACAUGGGUUCAAGAUGAGAUUUGUUGUCAUGAUUCCUAUGAGAGUGAUGGCAAGUCAGAGAAUUGGGGAAACUCUAUAGCUAAAGAGGUGGAAAAACCCAAUCACCAGGAAUGGGACCCAGGAGAACAUACCAAUGCCUCUGUCCAGCAGAAUUCAUCCUUUGUAGACAGACCCUACAAAUGUUCCGAAUGUUGGAAAAGCUUCAAUAAUAGUUCUCACUUGCGUACUCACCGGAGGACCCACUCAGGAGAAAAGCCUUAUAAAUGCUCUGAGUGUGCGAAAUGCUUUUGUAACAGUUCUCACCUGAUUCAGCAUCUAAGAAUGCACACAGGAGAGAAGCCCUACCAGUGUGGUGAAUGUGGGAAAAGCUUCAGCAAUACCUCCCAUCUUAUUAUCCAUGAGAGAACUCACACGGGAGAGAAACCCUAUAAAUGUCCCGAGUGUGGGAAGAGAUUCAGCAGCAGCUCUCACCUUAUUCAGCAUCACAGAUCACAUACAGGUGAAAAACCAUAUGAAUGUUCUGUCUGUGGAAAAGGCUUCAGUCACAGUUAUGUCCUAAUAGAACAUCGGAGGACUCACACCGGAGAAAAACCUUAUAAGUGCCCUGAUUGUGGGAAGAGUUUUAGUCAGAGUUCCAGCCUCAUUCGCCACCAGCGGACACACACAGGUGAGAAGCCCUACAAAUGUCUUGAGUGUGGAAAAAGCUUUGGUUGUAAUUCUACUCUAAUAAAACAUCAGAGAAUACAUACAGGAGAAAAGCCUUACAAAUGUCCAGAAUGUGGGAAGAAUUUUAGUCGUAGUUCAAACCUUAUUACACACCAGAAAACGCACACAGGAGAGAAAUCCUAUGAAAGUUCUGAAUAUGAAGAAAGUUUUAAUCAGAAUUGCAGUGUGAUAGAAGACUGCAGAAUCCAGUUAGGAGAGAAACCAUAUAGAUGUUUUGAAUGUGGAAAGAGUUUUGGCCUUAGCUCCCAUCUCAUUAGACACCAGAGGACACAUACAGGAGAAAAACCUUACAGAUGUUCUGAGUGCUGGAAAACUUUCAGUCAGAGUUCCACCCUGAUGAUUCACCAAAGGACACAUACAGGAGAGAAACCUUAUAAAUGUCCUGAUUGUGGUGAAUGCUUCAGUCAGAGCUUUAACCUUAUCAGGCACCGGAGGACCCACAUAGGGGAAAAACCUUACAAAUGUACCAGCUGUGAGAAAUGCUUCAGCAGAAGUGCCUACCUCAAUCAGCAUCGGAAAAUUCAUGUAGAAAAACCUUUUGAGUCUCCUGAUGUUGGGGAUUUUCCUCAUGAAUGGACUUGGAAAAACUGUUCAGGGGAAGUGCCCCUCAUCCCUUCAUUUUCGGUAUCAAAUACAUCUUCCUGAGUCCCAAAGCCUGGUGAUUUUUUCUUUCUUGUUGGACCAUGACAGUUUAGGUAUUCUCUGAUUAUUGUGCUAUAAAGUUUCUUUGGUGUGUUUGUCAAAACAUUUGGAAAAAGUCAACCUCCCAGUUUAAAGGAUGGGAAGACCCCAAUCACCAGGUUAUUGGAUCUGUCCAGCAAGAGAUUCAUCCACCAAGGAUGAAGAAAGGAGGACUUUUUUGAUUUAAGGUAAGAUAGUAAUAGCUUCAAAAGAACACCUACAGAGUAAUCCUGAGAGUAAGCAAAGGAAUCUGUGAGAAACUGAAGCUACA